AUGGAUAAGCCACGCCCCCACGCCAGCCCCAGGACCAUCCGCUCCGUCAAGUCGAAGACGACUGCGUCGACGCCCCCGCGGAAGACGCCGAAUUACGUGCCGUACAGCCAAGACGCGUUUCUGGCGCGGCUGAAGACGUUUGCGGAUGUGAAGCUGUGGACGAUGAAACCAGACCCUAUUAAUAAGGUGCAAUGGGUGAAGAGGGGGUGGGUGUGUGAAGCGUGGAAUACCGUUGCUUGUAAGGGGGGAUGCGAGGCUAGAGUGGUGGUGAGUCUGAGGCCGAAGCGGAAGGAUGACAAGGGGGAGGAGAUUGAGGGCUCGGAGGACUGGAGUGUGGAUGUUGAGGAAGAGUUGGUGGCGGCGUAUGCGGAGAGGAUUGUGGAGGGGCAUGCGGAGUUUUGUUUGUGGAGGAGGGCGGGUUGUAAGAAGGAUAUCUAUCAUAUCCCGAUUGCGCGACGCGAUGUCUGCGAGGCGGAUCUCUCACGGCGGUAUCAGUCCCUCAAAGCGAUCGAGGCACACCUGCCUCCGUUCGAGUGUGUCAAAUUCACCGGCAUCAAUCCAUCGUCUCUCAUCAAGUGCUUACCACCCUCAUUCUUCGCCGCCGCAGAAGAGAACGCUGCUACUGAAGAAACACCACCGCCCUCCCUCACAGCCUUCGCUUUUGCCCUAUUCGGCUGGAAUGGCGUCGCCCAAGACGGCCUCUACAUCGCACAGUGUUCUCACUGUUUCCAGCGCGUGGGUCUAUGGCUCUACACGAAAGAGCGUAUCGCGACUAUGGCUAAGAAAGUCAACGCCGAAGAAUCUCAACUCCUCCUCAACCUCCUCGAAACACACCGCGAGCACUGCCCCUGGAAAAACGCGGAGGCGCAGGCUAACCCGCCGGACGGACAAGUGGCGGGCUUCGCGGCGUGGCGGACGCUACAGUAUGUACUCGGUGUCAACAAAAGGCGGGACACUACGGCGACGCAGGGCAGUGCUGAGGUUGGUGGCGAGGCGGAUAUAGCAGGGAAGAAAGAAGGAGAGGAGAAGGGGGAUAAGGAUCUCGCGGGGAGGUGGCAGCGGUUGAAGAGUAAGUUGAAGAGAUCGACCAGCAAGCGAAGUUUGAAGUCCCUAGGGAAGGGUGGAGAUUCCUGAGGCUCUAGCUCGAGGCUGACAUUAGUGUUUUCCUGAAGAGAAGCUCCUCUGCUCUACGAAAGACAAACGCUAACUCCGCCACCAUUACCGCCCAGCCCCAAGCUGAUUAGGAUCGGUAAGUGGACGAGGUGGGUGGCGAUUAUGGUCUGUCCGGCCAAGGCCCUGAGUCACGGUGGAGGAGUUAUGAGAAUACUCCUAACAGGCUAGGACAGGACUGUCGUGGUUCAUAGGUUCAAAGGCCAUUACAUACGACUACGAUAGCGAUAUCUCCGCCCGUCGAAAACGACGGAUCACAGUGAGGGAGCUACGAGGAUAUUAAGCUAGGUUUAGGAUAUUGAAUUAUCUAGUAGC